GAUCCAGCAACAGCAUCACCAAUAUUACCAAUAUCAGCCCCAGUACUCGCUGCUGCCAGCCGACAACUGCUAUCAGCAACUGCUGCGCCAACACGAGGAGCAUCACCGUCAGCUCCACCAGAGCUACAUAAACGAGCUCCAAGACCGUUUAGCCAUGCUACACUUCAACGUCGAGCCGCGAUACUAUCAUCCGCCGCUACUUCCACCAACGCAACCGGCCCAACAACAGCCACUCUUUCUCAUGCGUUAUGUACACAGCGACGACAAUUACAACGAUUACAACCUACCACCACCGCCGCUCGCCUUUCGCUACGACACACCUAGCUACACCACCAGGUCGACCACCUACAGCUUCACCGACCAGAGCUACGACUCCAUGAACUCUGUCAAUUCCAGCAACAUCAGCAACAACAACAGCAACAACAAUAACGAGAUGACCUCGCUCAUGGGCAGUGUCUUUGAUGAGAACGAUUACGACGACGUGGUUGAGGAGGACAGCCCCAAGAAGGGACUUCUCAAACAGAUGUUUUGUCUUCCCUUGAACUAGACGAUGAUGCUGCUGAUGCUGCAUUGCUUCGUUUUUUGCAAUCUUCAUAGCACGCGCUCUUUUUAUGAGAUUGUCAAUAAAACAAACAAAUCUUUAUGACUCGUUGUCAUUUUUGCAGGCUCGGAGUUUUUUUAAUUUUUGUAGACAAUUCGCAAGAGUAUGAUUUUGCGAACGGAGUGACACGGUGGUGUGUAAGUAUUGUAAAACGCCUUUCAAACUGAUGAUAUAACACAAUGGUACUUAAACGUUUUUUCGAGUACUAAUCAAUCUGUAAACUUUCGUCUCGAGAAAGAGGGAUUUUUAUAAGUGGCAGAGUGCGCCAAUCGAAAGUAGAUUACAAAUGCUGUAAGUAAUAUAGAGCCUAGAUUUUUUUAUGUUGGCACAUUGAUGCAAGGAUGAUUAUGACAGUCGUAUUAAUGCUGAAUUAGGUAUAUAUAAUUUUUAAUUGUUACAAUGAAUAUAUAACUAUAUUGGUAGAUUUUUGAAUAUGAUUUAUAAUUGUGAAUGGUUUAAUUUUUACAAAAAUAAAGACUUGGAAAUAGCAUUGAAUGAACGAGUACUGGUAGGAGAGCCUUAAAUUUUGAAGAAUUCGCCAUUUUGAAAAGUUUUAAAAAAGAAAUUAUUUUUUUUUAAUUUUGUAUAUAACGAAAAUGACGAAUCUUUCAAAAUUUUAUGCUUUAUUGCGGUUUGUAAUUAAAGAAAAAAAUGAUGGAAAUAUGUUUUACAAGCAUAAAUUUUAUUAAUCAUGCUUAGUAUUUAGAUUUGUUUGUAGUUAAAUGAGUAGGUUUGUCAAUAACGUAGAUUACUUAAUUUCCUCGUAAAGAAAAUAAACGUCCAUUCCGAAUUUACGAAAAGAUGUGAAAAACGCACCUGAUACUUAUAACUUUAAUUUUUAAUUUUUUAAAUUACAUUUUGAAUAUUAUUUAACUAAAAAUAGAGUCGCAAGCAGUUUUAUAUAACAAUAAUCAUUCCAAGACAUUUAGUUAUUUGAUGUCAUUGUUAAUAUCUAUGCAUCUCACACACACAUGCAAAAUAUAAUAUUAACUUGUUUAUAGGUAUUACUAUUUAUAAAUUGUUUAUAAUCUACGCGACUCUCCCGUGUACCUUUUUAUUUCAUUUGAAACGAAUUUCUAAUCGUUAUUUGAUUCGCAUUAAUCCAAGUCUAUAUACAGAAAAGCAGUUGACAAUUGAUUUUAAAUUGACUCAGUUGGCUAUACUUAACCUGCAAAUACAUACAAAGUUAUUAAAUACUUUUAAAGGAUAAAUUAUUAGACAGAAAAAAUAGCUAAUACUGUAAUGUUAAAAAAAGCUAAAAUGUAUCAUAUACGCAAUUCCAAUACAAUCGAGUAGAUUAAAAAGUAUUUAAUACAUUAUGCAAAAUAUAAAAGAUGCUAUUACUAUUUAAAUAACGAUGUCGCAUUGAUACUUGUUAUAACACUUUCGAAAUAUUAUAAAUUCAUAUGUAUAUAGAGAGAUAAUGUAUCGUACGUCAAAAUUCACAUGAUGAUUUUUAAUUACGUUUACGGCGAGAUUAGGACAAAGGUCUGUAGUUGUAUAUUGUAUUAUAAUAAAUUUAACGAAUUGAAAGAAAGAGAAAUAGUAAUUAUUAUUAUGACACGAUGAUAUUAUAGAUUAACGUAAUAUAAAAUCAGAUUGAACAUACAUGAGAUCAUGGUGUAUACUAUCUAUAUAUGGUGGAAUUUGAGUAACUAGAAACACUUCGGCAUUUACCAAAUUAUUUGGCAGCAUAAAACCAAAGUUUUUUAAAACAAAUAAGGACGUUAGACAUUGCAGUUUUUGUAAUGUUUAUUGCUGAUAACUUUCUACCAAAUUAGUAUUACGUGUUCUAGAAUGACGAGAUAUAUCAAUCUAAUCUUGUAUUACGUGAAAGUUGACUGUGACUUUGUCAAAGAGUUGCGAUGGAUUUCUAAAAGAAUAAUGAAGUGUACCGUUUGAAUUGUGGCGCGUGAAUUGAAGAAGAGAUACUUGAUAUUUUCAUCAAAUAUAAGAACCGCUUAUUGGUUGAUAUCGAUAGUUUUAUUUUGUCAUUCGUUAAUAUAAAAAUAAAUAAAAAUGCAGAAAAGAUAUGACUUAAAUGAACACUUAUAUAAAAACGUUAUUCUAAUUAUAACCAAUAUACAUGAUAUUGAUUGCUGUUAUUAUCGAUUGUCAAAUUAUUGUACAAUGGCCUCAUAUUUAAAAUGUUAAAUACUUUGAAUUAAAAAAAAAAGCGGAGUGUCGAUGGGAAAAUGUGGCCGUUGAUAAUAUUUUUGUAAAAGUUAAGUUAUGUUCUCAUUAUUAAAAAUUAUGAAAGCAUGAUUUUUUUAAGUAAAAUUACCUGAUAUAAUUAAUAUUAUGUACGUAAUCGUUGCAAAAAAAUACUGACUUACAAAAAGAAUUAACCCAUGCGCGUAGUAUUUGUUCCUCAAAACUGCGUUAAGAAAUUACCAAGAUAAUUUCGAGCAAAUCAUUAUUAAACAAUCUGUAUAUACAAUUUCACAAAGGGAUAAAGAGAAGGAUCAAAAAGCAAAUAUGUGUGAUAAUUAAUCACAAUUAUUACAUAAACUGAGUAAGAUGAUAUUUGUCGUAGGGUAUAUUUUAAAAUGGAAAGAAAAUAAUAGUUGUUAAAUAAAUAUUGUGGCCGUCAGAAAGAUUUCUUAUGAAGGUUUUGAUUGAAAGAUCUAAAUAGAAUCCGUUGAUAAAUUGGUAUCUUAUAUGUGUGCAUGUACAUGUAUAUGGAUUGUGAAAACAAAAAAAAAACAAUUGCAAAGAAUUUUACAGAUUGCCAAUCCGCGGUUAGAAACAAUUGCUAUACAAUGUGUCGAGGAUGCAUUUUUGUGUUGGCCUGAUAUUUAAACAGAUAAAACAAGGCCAAUUUUAAUAUUAUCUACAUUUUGCGAUAAAAAACAAGUAUUUGCUCGAAAAUUUCGAAAUAAGAUCGACUCUAGCUUCGACGAGUUUUUAAUUAGACAUCAAUAACAGGCUAAUAAAAGUCAAUUAGUAUAUAUGGCUAAAUGUUACUUCCUGUGUAGUCUUCCACCGAUUGAGCGAUUUUUUAGAUUUACUUGCCUUCGUUGGUUUUAGACAUCAUUAAUUGAAACCCAAAGUUAUUAGAAAAGGUUUUAGUAAUGAUGCUAUUGUGAUCGUGGUCAAAGUAAAUGGUAAUUAAUUUUUUUUCGAUUCUAAAUGGAAACUCGUUAGCCUAGAUCGAACAUCUUAUUGAAAAAUCGGGUAUAUUACCUAUGGUUAUAAAUAAUAAAUCUGAUAUAAAUAAUUAAGUUAUAACGAUCGUUUACUUCUGUCGAUCAUUAACGCAAUUAAUUUAUGUUGUAAAAGUACUCUUAAAUACCCUAUCUAAUGUACAUUAAGACAUGACUCACAAAGUUUACCAAAUUCAUUAAGAGAAGAAAAAAACUGCAAAUCAUACGAUGUCCUGUCUUACGUAUAUAAAAAAUUUUUAUUUUGUAUUUCUACGUAUAUUUAUACGAUAAGCUUUGUAUAGAACCUUGAAAGCUAUAUUUUGUUUUUGUAACAUCCAAUUUCUAAUUUACCCAUUAUCUGAAUAUUAUAGUGUAUAAGUUUAUCAUAAUGCGAACCAGCAAAGAUGCGUCUUUUAGUACAUUGUCUAACAUACUGUUCAUUUUGUAUAUCAUACAUUUGCGAAAUGAGUAUUUACUUUUUAGAAAAUAAACUUUAG